GUCUGAACUGGACAGGUUAGUGAGGGAGACCUCACACCCACGCUGCACCCUGAAACUCACUUAUACAUGAUAGAAAACAACAAGCCUGAGUCCCUUAAAGAAGUACUGAACUCAGGAGGGGAAAAACGACCUGUCGCCAGAGAUAAUGAGGGAAAUCAGGAGAAAUGAUCCUGAAGGGCUUGUCUGAUGGGGAGGAAAACUUGACUGGGAUGUAAACAGCGAUCUCUAAUUUUAAGUGUUUUCCAUGAUGAUACCACGUGAGCUCUCCCUCCUAACUCACCUGCUCCUGCUCCUCCAGCACCUCCUACCACUCACCUUGUCCCUCCUUCAACCCCCCCACCAUCCACCCAUCCACAUCCCCACACUGGUCCCUCAUUCACCGACGCAUCUCUCUCGCUCACGCUUUAGCGCUCAGGCCCAGCUGGACUUCGCCACUCACUGCAACUCCAGCUGCUUCCACAGAGGAGGGCAAGAAGAAUGGAGGGAGCAUCUGACUGAGAAAAUGGGCUUUGAGACGCUGUAUGCAGACGGCUCUCGCACCCUCACCACGGUGGACGUGGAGAGUGAUGAUGACAGCUUUGAAGGAGAUGCACUUCUCUUGCCUCACCUGCCGCCCUGGAAGGGUCCGGGGGUCAGGCCCAGGCACCGGCGUGUGAGGCGGCAGAUUUACGGAGCGGACGGGCGUUUCAACAUCCAAGGGGACGACUUCCUGUUGGACUACCCUUUCUCCACGGCUGUGCGCAUCUCCACCGGCUGCACCGGUGUUCUCGUGUCCCAGCGGCACGUCCUGACAGCUGCCCACUGCGUGCACGACGGGAAGGACUAUGUCAAUGGGGCUCGAAAGCUGAGGGUGGGGUUCCUCCUUCCUCCGUCCAUCAACGGCACUAGAAACAGUGCGAUGUCUGCCAAGAAGCCCGUAGUCCGCUGGGUUCGGGUGAAACGCACCCGUGUGCCAAAGGGCUGGAUCCAGGGCCCUCAGGAGAUCAGCAUGGACUUUGAUUACGCCCUGCUGGAGCUGCGCUGGCCUCACCGACGUCCCUUCAUGCGCCUUUCAGUGACUCCAUCCUCUGACGAUCUGGCAGGGAACCGCAUCCACUUUUCCGGGUUUGACAGUGAUAGGCCCGGGGAGCUGGUGUACAGAUUUUGCCCCGUGGAAGAAGAGUCCAGCGACCUGAUAUACCAGCACUGUGAUGCCCGCCCUGGAGCGAGUGGCUCCGGCGUGUACGGACGAGUGUGGGACAACAGUUUGGAGCGCUGGGAAAGGAAGGUUAUUGGCAUUUUCUCUGGACACCAGUGGCUGGAGAUAGAUGGGGAGAACAGGGAUUACAAUGUGGCUGUGCGCAUCACUCCUCUGAAGUUCGCCCAGAUCUGUUACUGGGUGCAUGGAAACCGACAGGACUGCAUCCAGGACUAAAGAGGAGUGUUUUUAAAAGUAUGGUCUGAAAAAUACAAGAAAAGCACAAAGUAACUUUGAAAAAGAAAAAAAUACAGGGUGGAAUGUCAUAUUACUUGUGAAAAAAACAAGCCUGGACACCAGGAAAACAGAUUUUAGAUGAUUUUCCCCCUAUUGAGAUGUCUCCCACCUGUAUUUAAUUUACCCUCUUUCAGUUUGGAUCUAAUAAAAAAAUAUGCCAGUGAGAUCAUCACGACAGCAUCUUUUAGCUGCAGUCAAUUACAUAACAAUGUCUCUGUUUCUAAUGACUUUUGUGCCUUGAGCAGCUGAUUGUUGUCCAUCUGUGGAAGACCAUAGAUGAUGAGAGACAUGUUCUCAUAUUUCUUCUUUAUUCAGGGACGUGUUUUAACAUUUCUUCAAGAAUAACUCAGAUCCUUCUAGAGAUUAAAAGACCUGAGCAAUGCUUAUGGACACCAUUUAUGCUUUUACAUUGUUCAUCAAACAGUAGACCUAUAUUCUUCUCAUAGUUGACUGGAGACAUAGAAUGUUAAUUUUAUUCUAUUUUUUUGAAAAACGCUUUAUAUAUUUUAAUAAACAGAUUUAUAAACGUGUGCUCUUUUUCUGUAGUGUUAGGCUGCCCUCGUGUGGUCACAGUGAUUACUGCAGCUUUAAACAGUUGUGCGUCAUAGUUAUUUAACAACGUAGUUUUAACAAGGAAAUUCACGUUAAAUGAACAAACAAUGGGACAGCUGAAACACUAUCUGGAUCAUUUGGCUUAGAUGAGGAAAAACAACUUGAUGCUGUCAGAGGAUUUUACAUAUUAAACCACGGUGGAUGAAAUAUUUAAUAUCGAAAUAACACCCAGUUCAUCUUAACAGCUUAUUCAAGGUCAAAUGAACCCAGACUUAUGGCUGCUCCUUAAUCAUAAAAGUCUGUUUAUCUUAAGUCUUCCUCAGUUUGACUCACGGGAGCUGAAGUCAGGGUGGGAUGAGUGUAGUUGGUUUGUGCUGCAGGUGUCA